AUGUCUUCCAACGAUAACAUGAAUCUCUCCGACACAAAGCACUCAGAGCCCAUCUCCAUUCCGACCAACGCACGGGGCCGGGCACGGUCCAUGUCUGUCUCUUCCGCGUCCUCGGCUUCAACCAGUUCUUCAGAGCUUCCUACCCCGCCGUCUGGCUCUGCCAAUUCUGCUAGGUUUACUGUUCCGUCGCCUUCAUCGCCCAUUCUCUCCUACUUCCUCGCUCAGUCCCCUACCACGAAGACCCCAGCCACUGCUUUCCCAUUCAAGCGUAAAUUUGGCACAACCCCGGUUUUUGAAGGUGCUUCUUAUCUGCACAAUAGCAUUCGGUCAAUAUGCUUACAGAGCCCGCUCUAUUUUGCAGCAGAUGAAGAUACAGAUGCAGAAAUUCCAGUAGCCGCUCAUGCUCGCAGAGCUAGUGCUCAGGCUGCCAAUCGUUUCUCUCAGAACCCUCCACCCGCUUUUCCGGAUGUCAAUGCCGAUCGUGGCACCAAUCUCCUUCGAAGGCUGUCUCUUAGCAGCUCUGCCUUCGUAAAGCCCCAGCUUGAUCCAGUUAAUACCCGCACUGCCUCGCCCCCGAGUCCUCCUCCUAACACGGCUGUUAGCCCCACCUCCAAGACGGCACCCUUCAUCAAUAAGCCUCGCCGUUCUGCUACUAUCAGCAACGAGGGUGGAAGACCUCGCAGAGCGCCAUCUCCAAUGGGCGAAAGGAUCCUCAAGGGACACUUUGAUGGCUUCAACUAG